UCUACGUGGACAUGGGCAGAGGCAGCGCCAACCCCGUCGUGCUGUCCAUCGUGACGAACGGCAACAAAUCGAACCGCAAGUGGAAGAUCAGGAUCAACAUGAUCCCGUGCAACAACCUGGACAUGGCGCCCUCCGGCUGUCUCCAGUACUACCGCUCGCCCACUGACGUCAUAAAGAGCUUCAACUUCGGCCCAAAGAUCGAGUACAGAGCGCGCUAUCUGGCGAACAUGCGGUACACGGUUUGCAUCCGAACCGAAGAGAACUUCUGCGCCGUGAAGUGGGAGACGGCGUCACCUGGCUCCUUCCUCUUCGGCGCGCCCUUCGAGGGCAAGGACCAGGAGUUGGGCGAGUGCUCCCAUCCCUUCCCCUUCGUGCCCCUCAAUUCGGGCAAAUCGGGCAAAACGCUGCCCUCAGAGGGGUUCCUGCCGGGCGUUCAGCCCUCGGAACACGACCCGCUCUUUCCCUCCCGUCUCUGCAACGGCGGCGCGAGCGGCCAGAUGUGCAACUUUGACGACUUCGUGGGCAUCGACCAGGGGUCGCUGGAGGGCACGGGUCAGGGCGAGGACCGCUUCUGCGGCUCCAAACUGCUCGACCACGACUUUCCGCCAUCUCCAGCGCUCGCACGCGUCCGCAACCGGUCUGCAGCCAAUGACCCGUAUAUAAGAGCGCUGCCGCUAUUUCCGGGUCUAUCAGUUGCUGAAGAGAUUGUUGAGCGAGCGCUUCACCCAAACAUGGCUCGUCUUUCCCCAACAAUGAGACCCCAACUCGUGUUCCUCGCGCUCUUCCUCGCGUCGCAGGUGUGGGCCCAGUCGUCGUUCCGGCCGCCGUCCAUCCCAGCCAUCUUCGCCAUCAUCCGCUACCAGAACAGCCCGUGCAACACCGAGUCCAACACUCCCGGCACGUGUCUCGCGCAGAACGACUGCCUCACGCGGUCGGGCACUCCCGACGGCACGUGCGCGUCCGGCUUCGCCUCGUGUUGCAACUUCAAGUUCACGUGCGGCGGCCGCACCAAAGAGAACGAGACCAUCUUCGUCAACAACUUGUACCCGCGAACGGACAACGGCACCAACACCUGUCAGGUCACUAUCGACAAGCAGCCCAACGUGUGUCAGUUGCGUCUGGACUUCGAGGAGUUCUCGUUGGCGCAGCCCGACGAGAACGGCCAAUGCACCACCGACUCCUUCAUGGUCAGAACCACUGUCGGCGAACGACUGCCCAUUCUGUGCGGCGACAACAACAACCAACACCCCGUCGUCCAGAGUUUCAAUUACGGCGUUCCGAUGGAGAACAGAGCGCGCUACCUCUCGAACCUGCGCUACACCUCUUGCGUGAGAGUUGAGGAGAACUUCUGUUCGAUCAAGUGGGAGACGGACGCCCCCGGCUCCUUCUCGUGGGGCGCGCCCUUCGAGGGCAACCUCACGUCGCGCGGCGCCAGCGGCGGCCUCUGCAAUGUGGACGACUUCAUUGGCAUCGAUCAGGGAAGCGCCGAAGGCAGCGGUCCCGGCGAGGACAGGAUCUGCGGCACGAAACUGCUCGAAGACGACUACAUCAUCUCGCGUUCCAAACCCUUCCAACUGAAGGUGCGCUCCAACAGCGACCAGAAGCUAAACGCCGAAAACGCCCAGCAUGGUUUCUCCCUGCGCUACGUGCAGUUGCCAGCACUUCAAUCGGUUGAUGACCUGUUUUUGUUGCAAUACUUCCGCAAUUUCUUCGCUAAACAAGAGAUGCAAACAUUUUGCGUUCAUUCCAUUCUUGGAAGCGGACGAAAACUAGCCAUGAAUUCGCCGUUUCUUCUCUUCGCGAUCUUUUCUAUAUCUGUCGCUCAAAGCGUCCAAAACGAUGAAACGAGUCGUCAGUUCUGGAGACCCAACAUUCAGAACAUCUUCCAACCGAUGCGUCUGCAGAACACGCCCUGCAAUACCGACGUCGGCGACGCCGGCACCUGUCUCUCCGAAACCGACUGUCGCUCGCGCGGCGGCACCGGCAGCGGGCAGUGCGGCCGCUCGGGCCUCACGUGUUGCACAUUCAAGUUCACGUGUUCGGGCAAGACGUCCAGCAACGAGACGCUGUUCGUGAACCCGUCGUAUCCCAUGGGCGAGAACGGCACCAACACCUGUCAAGUGACCAUUCAGAACGCGCCCGACGUCUGCCAAUUGCGAUUAGAUCUCGAGGAGUUCUCGCUGUCGCCGCCCGACGAGUACGGCCGCUGCACCAAAGACUCGUUUAUGGUCAGGACGACUGUCGGCGAACGACUGCCGAUGUUGUGCGGCGAGAAUAAGGGACAGCACCUGUACGUGGAUAUGGGCCGCGGCUCCGGCAAUCCCGUCGUCCUCUCCGUCAUCACAAACGACAUCGACUUUUCGCGCAAAUGGAAGAUAAAGAUCUCUUUGAUUCCGUGCAACAAUUACGUGAUGGCGCCCUCAGGAUGUCUGCAAUACUAUCGCCUGCCCUCUGACGUCAUCAGAUCUUUCAAUUACGGAGAAAAGGUGGACUUGAAGUCUCGGUAUCUCUCGAACCUUCGCUACACUUCUUGUAUUCGAGUGGAGGAGAACUUUUGUGCCAUAAAGUGGAUGACAGAGGCGGACAACUCGUUCUCGUGGGGCGCGUCCAACGACCCGCUGUACUCCGCGGGCAACACCUCCUUCUCUGACUUGGGACUGACGGGCGGGCUCUGCAACGACGACGACUACGUGGGCAUCGAUCAGGGCUCGCAGGAGGGCUCGGGCGCCGGCGAAGACCGCUUCUGCGGCGGACGACUCUUCUACAACAAUGUCGUCAUUUCGCGUUCAAAACCGUUUCAACUGAAAGUGCGGUCAAACAGCGAUCAGACGGAAAACGCGAGACAUUCACAAAACGGCUUUUCUCUGCGUUACGUUCAGUUGCCGUGUGUUAAC